AUGGAGAUGGAGCAGCAGCUGCGCGCGCUGAGGCAGCACGUCCUCGUCGCGUCGUCGUCGUCGUCGUCGUCGUCCUCCUCCUCCUCCUCGGCAGCGGCGAUGGCCGGCGCCCUGGAGGGCGUGGCGCGCGUGUACGACGAGCACGCCGAGUCACUGGCGCGGUCGGCCGCGCGCGCCGACCGGGUGGAGGACGAGCUGGAGGCCUCCGUGGCGCUGCUGGACGCGUGCGCCGCGGCGCGGGACGUGCUGGGCGCCAUGCGCGCGCGCGCGGUCGCCGCCGAGGCGGCCGCGCGGCGCCGGGACGGGGCGGCGGCCGACGGCGCCGCGCGUGCGUACGCGCGCCUGGCGAAGAGGGCGUGCGCGGACGCCAGGAGGCAGCGCCGCCGCGCCGUCGGCUCGAGCUCGUCGGCCGAUGAGGCCGAGCUGGGCGGCGGCCACGCGCUGCAGGAGGCGCGGUGGCUCACCGUCGCCGUCCUGGAGCGCGUCGUGGUGGCGCUGUCCCGGCGUGUGCCCGCCGCGGUCGGCGUCGGGUCGGUGUCGGCGAGCACCUGGUCCACGUGCGUCGCCAGGGCGUUCCGGAAGAGCGCACGGGUAGCGUGCGUGGACGACGCCGGUGACAUGGUGGCCGCCGCCUCCUCCUUGUCGUCCAAGAACUCGCAGGACGGCGAGGCGGCGCUGCGGGCGCAGCGAGACCUCAGGGCACUGGUCGACACGAUCCGGCAGCUGGAGGACGGGCUUGAGCUGCUGUUCAGGCGCCUGGUGCAGUGCAGGGGUGCUGUGCUCACGGAGGUUCCUGCCCUCCUUCCCGUGCCAGCCAGCAGCACCGUACCAUCCUCUCAACCUCUGCCUGACUAUAAGAAAGGCAAAGGGAGAGCAACAGCAUGA